AAUGCAGGAAGCUGAAUAUUUUACGCUUGAAGAUCUUAUAAAGAGUUUAAAUGAAGUUUGGGACUUCUUAACUGGACUACAGAAGAUGAGUGUGGAUAUGUUACUUGAGCUGCGUAAUCAACUGAUUGGAAUAUCGUGGAUAUCUACAAGGGAAAAUUAUCAAACUCACGGCAGCAGGUAUUUUCAGUCUAAAAUUGAGUCAAGUGAAAGCAUUUUUGAUAUUCUAAGAGACAUAGCUGACUGGUUCGCCAAGGUAACAAUGACAAAUGAAAAGUUUGAAGAGAAAAUUGGAGAGUUUUCUCCUGUUUCUAAAGCAGAAGAACGUGUCAAGAAGAUGAUGAUGAUUGCAACUAUGAACUCUGAGGCAAGAGUAAGGCUGGGAACUGUACAAUUACUUAGGACUGCUUCUGAGGAUUAUGGGAAAGCGCUCCCUCAAGAGGAGAUUUCAAGUGAUUGGUUUUCUUGGGAAAUGUUCCCCAGCACAAACAAAAGUGAAGACGAUACCAAUAUGAUUGAAAUCUUUAACUCUUUUCUCAUUCAAGAGGACAGCGUAUGGGUUUGCUAUCUUGUAUCUACUCUUCUCCUUCUAUUCUUGCUCUUCAUUCUCAUUCGGGAUAGUUGUAGAAUUAGCUACAGGCGGACUCAGCUCAUCCAAUAUUUCAGGUUAAUGGAUAAAGAUGAGCUGGUAAAGGAUCCUCUAUAUAGAUGGUUAAAGACGUCAAAUAUAUCAACAUAAACACACAUACCGGCCAGAAGACAGUUUAUAUUUAUCAAAAAAUGUUUAAAUAUUCUAUUUAUAUAUGUUGAAAUUAAAAAAUAUAGAAUAAUGAAGGA